AAAUUAUCACUGCUAAAUAUUUAAUUAGCUAGAAAUUCGAUCAUGUAUUCAUAGUACAUUAUCGGUACGUAGUUUUAAAAAAAAUUUAAACACGCAACAUGUUACUCAAAAAGUCCCUGAAUUUUUUCCUUAAUAACUCCGUUGUUUUUCAUCAAAUAAAAUUCAGAAAAAUUCAUGUAGGUAUUCGAAAUUUAUCACUUACUAGCGAUAUUGAGGAACGAAAAGUUAAUGUUAAGGGCGUUGAUAUUAAUUAUGUAAAAACUGGAGCUGGAAAACAAACUAUUUUUUUAUUGACAAGUACUUUGGGAAGUAUAUGGACUGAUUUUAAGCCUCAAAUUGAAGGCUUGAAUAAAGAAAAAUUUACAAUUAUUGCUUGGGACCCGCCAGGCUAUGGGAAAUCUCGUCCACCAGACCGAGACUGUUCAGGAGACCAUUUUGCUCGUGAUGCCGACUAUGCAUACGAAUUAAUGAAAACUCUGGGUUUUUCCAAAUAUUAUCUUGUCGGGUGGAGCGGAGGUGGAAUUACUUCAUUAAUUACCGCCAGUAAAUACCCCCAGUGUAUUGAAAAGCUCGUUUUAGAAAGCACUGGAUUUUAUGUAACUGCUGAUGAACUAGCGGUUUACCAAAGUAUGAGAGACAUUAACAAUUGGUCUGAAAAAAUGAAGGGCCCUUUGAUAGCUAUUUACGGGGAAGAAUAUGUGACCAAAGUUUGGGCGUCUUGGUUAGACUCAAUGGUCGAUGCUUAUAAAAAUAAAAAUGGGGAUCUCUGUAGCAAACAUGUUUUUAAAGUAAAGUGUCCUACGUUGAUCAUACAGGGAAGAAAAGAUGUUAUUGUCUAUCCAAAACACGCUGUUGUAAUGAGUGAAAUUAUUCGUAAUUCAAGAUUGAAAAUAUUUGAAGAUGGAGGACACAAUGUGCAUUUAAAAUAUCCUGAUGAAUUUAAUAAAUUAAUUACAGAUUUUUUUUUAGAAAAUUAAUAAGUCUUGACAUUUAAAAU